AUGGCAGGAGUAGCCCAGCCCGACUUUAGGAGGAGUACUAGGGAGUACACUCAAGUAUUUACUGACUCUAAGCAUCUCAUUGGGAAGUAUGGUCUACAUAGGCAGGCUAUAAGAGACUUCCUGGAACAAUUCCAAGAUAAGGCUCUUAGUGAUGACAUAUGGGGCACGAAGAAGUACAUGACUCAACUGCAGAAGGUUGUUGAUGGUCUCAGUGACCGUGUUGACAUCAGUCUGGAUGACUUACAACACUCUACGAUGGAGGAGGGCCUUGUAGAGGCUAUAAUGAGGAAUACUCAGAGGUGUGGUAUGCAGGAGUGGAUAGUGAGGCAGACUGAGCAGCUCAGAUAUCAUCUAUUCUUUGUGGAGGAAUGCCAUGCUAUCAUGCCUCAACCCUCGGUCCACUUCCAACCAAACCCCAACAGAGAUGUGCGAGCACAGAAUGAGUGGCGCGAAGCCGUCGAUGAUCACAUCAAUUCACAGAGGGCCCUAGCGGGUACUGCUGAUCCUCAGAAUAAGAUGCCUGAGAGGAUGAAAUGGGACUUUGUGGUGGGUGGUGGCGUCGGCCCAUGA